AUGGGUGAUAUAAAAGUGGUAACGGUGAGCACGAAACCGUACGAGGGACAAAAACCUGGAACAAGUGGUCUCAGGAAAAGAGUAGCGGAAUUCCAAAAGGAAAACUACACGGAGAAUUUCAUCCAGUGCAUUCUGGAUGCAGGGCUUGGCGAUGGAAAGAAGGGUGCCGUGUUGGUGGUUGGAGGUGAUGGAAGGUUUUUAUGUCCUGAAACGGUCAAUCUGAUCAUCAAAAUCUCGGCCGCUAAUGGAUUGCGAAAACUGAUCGUAGGGCAGAAAGGCUUUCUGAGCACACCGGCAGUUUCGUGUCUCAUCAGAAAACGUGCAAUCAACAAUGGUAACAUCAUUAAUGGUGGUAUCAUUCUGACUGCAAGCCACAAUCCGGGCGGUCCAAAGGCAGAUUUUGGAAUCAAGUACAACUGCGAGAAUGGUGGGCCGGCGCCUGAAAAGGUGACAGAAGCAAUCCACAAGCUGUCGUUAGCGAUCAAGGAGUAUAAAAUAUGUCCGGACUUGAAUGUGGAUUUCAAUACGAUCGGUAAACAUGACUACAAUAUCGAAGGGUUUGGUCCGUUUACGGUGGACGUUAUCGAUUGCGUCAAGGAUUACGUGGAGUUGAUGGAAGAAAUUUUCGAUUUUGCAAAAAUCAAAUCAUUUCUGCAAGGCGGAUCAAGUGGUGGCAAGCCGUUCCAUCUACAAAUCGACAGUUUAUACGGUGCAACUGGACCGUACGUAUCGAAGAUUCUUGGUGAGAAGUUGGGUGCGAACGUGGAGGAGCUUUUGCACGUAACGCCGAAACCGGACUUCGGCGGUGGUCAUCCUGACCCGAAUCUGACGUACGCUCGUCAUUUGGUGGAUGCGAUGGCGAAAGGAGAACACGACUUCGGUGCGGCGUUUGAUGGCGAUGGAGAUAGAAACAUGAUACUGGGCAAGAAUGCAUUCUUUGUAACGCCAAGUGAUUCACUCGCUGUCCUCGCUGCCAACCUCAAAUGCAUUCCAUAUUUCCAAAAACAUGGUGUCAAAGGCUACGCACGCAGUAUGCCAACAGCAGGAGCUGUGGAUCGAGUAGCAAAGGCAAACGGUAUGACGCUUUAUGAGGUACCGACCGGGUGGAAAUUCUUUGGGAAUUUGAUGGAUGCGGGAAAAUUAUCGUUGUGUGGUGAAGAAUCAUUUGGUACUGGAUCGGAUCAUAUUCGUGAGAAGGAUGGCAUCUGGGCCAUGUUAGCGUGGUUGUCGAUAUUGGCUGAUAAGAAGAAGUCGGUCGAGGAGAUUGUCAAGGAACAUUGGGCUAAGUAUGGACGUAACGUUUUCACGAGAUACGAUUACGAGAAUGUAGAGGCACAAGGUGCGAAUCUUCUGAUGACGUACGUCGAGUCACAAUUACCAGCAUUCGUCGGGCAGAAAUUCUCGGCCAAUAACGUUGAGUUCACGGUGUCGAAAGCGGAUAACUUCGAGUAUCACGACCCAAUCGAUGGAUCUGUCUCAAAGAAACAGGGAUUACGUCUGCUGUUCGCUGACGGCAGUCGAAUCGUGUUCCGUUUGAGUGGAACAGGAUCAUCGGGUGCGACCAUCCGCUUAUACGUCGAUUCCUUCGUGGACGCUAGCGAUAAGGCGCACCUCAAUCUACCAGCUCAGGAAUUGCUGAAGCCGUUAGUGCUGGUUGCGUUGAAUUUGUGUAAAAUGGAACAGUUCACCGGUCGCAAAGAACCAACCGUGAUCACAUGA